ACUGAAGUGAUGGCUUAGUCAUCUGGCUCCAUCCCACUGUGCGGCCAAGACGGUGGUCUUCCAUUGAACAACCAUUCCGCUCACAAUGUUCCAAAGCGCACUCCGGUCAUCUCUUUCGCUCCACAGGAGCGCUGUUUCAAGCAGUUUAAGGACACAAACGUUCCGUCGAUUUCUAUCUCAGGAGUCUCGCGCAAAAAUACAGGCUGCAGUGACAGAGUACCCUGUGGUACUGUUCAUGAAGGGCAACCCAAAGCAGCCCAUGUGUGGUUUUUCACGAGGAGUAGUGAAGAUCCUCAGCGCUUUCGACAUUCCACCUGAAAAGUUCAAGACAUACAAUAUUCUCGAGGACCUAGAGCUCAGGUCUGGAAUUAAAGAAUUCUCGGAUUGGCCAACCAUUCCGCAACUGUAUGUGAAUGGCGAGUUCGUAGGUGGGAGCGACAUUACUCUAAGCAUGUUUCAAUCGGGAGAGUUGGAAACGCUCCUGGAGCAGCAUGGAAUUAUUCCGAAGGAGUCAGAAUUGCCAUCUUCAUGAAUUGGUACAUAAUUUCGACAUGUCAUUCAUCGCAUACCUUAGAUAUUAAUUUAUCAUCAUUCAUCAAGCAUUGGUGUAAUUCGGUCAUUG